UUUAAAAAAAAACAUGCAUACGUACCAUACGUAGAAAAGUAAAAAAACUGAAGAAACGAUUGUAUUCGUUUUGUAUCGAAACUUUAAUAUUCACACUUACAAAAAUUAUUGAACAAUUUCGUUUAUUAUGAGACUUAUUAAAAAGCUUGAAAAGGUUAAACAAUAACAGUGCUCCUAAGACUGUGCUAUGCAAAAUUGUUUAGUGUAGUGUAUUUUUUUAAGAACAAAAAUAAAAGAGAAACAAGUAAGAAAAUUAAAUUCGGUCGGAAGCAAAUGUUUUAUACCUAUCGUCUACCCCCAAAAACAGGCGAAAGAAAAAAUUAGAGCCUCUUAAAACAAUUGUUUCGCUGUUGGUUUCUGUUUAAUGAACGAAGCCGACGACAUACCAUUAACCCAGAGUACGCGUAGCAGCGCACCGAUCGGCAAUAAUUGCAGUUUAAAAUCGAUAAUACCAGCUCUCGGGAUGUCAUCAUGUAGAGGCAACGCAGAAGCAUUUGCACGGCAUCUAUCAUCCAAGCUGCGAACCUUAGGCUCUCAGGCUGAUGAGUAUUGUUUAGAUGUAUCGGAUGAAAGUUUCACAAAUGGUGAUGCAUCAACCUCUACUAACACUUGGAUAUCUCAGGAUUAUUUAAAGACUGCUCAGCAUAGACCAGUAACCGAAAUGCAGCCAUUGCGUCAUGAUAAUGGAUCGUUUUUCGAUUUUCAUUGUGAACUUGAAAGUCCAGGCAGCCCUGUGAAUGAAUGUGAAUAUUUGCGUUUAAUAGAAUCUAACACUAGUUCAACUUAUAACUCAGCCAAUACGUCAGAUUAUAGUUGUGAUUCAUUGGCUGGUAGCCAACGCCCGUCUUUUGAUAUCAGAUCUCAACUAGAUUUAACUUUAGCGGAUUCAACGCAAGAAUCGCAAAAUAGUUCAGAGAAAAGACUAAAUAACGGUGUUGAAGGACCAGGACAGUUUGCAAACAAUCUUUCAGUAGAUGAUGACUUUAACACUACACUGUCCAUUGACGGGCCCGAUAUACCGGAUUAUGCCGUUAAUAAAAGUAUAUUACAAGAACUGCAAAAGUAUAGUGAAAUCAUUACCGAUAAUAGCCCAAAUAAUGACUAUCACGACGAUGGAAGCGACCGACUGUCAGCAAUGCAAAUAUUAAUAAACGGUUACGGUUAUUGUAAUAAAGAACUUUUGGAUAUUAAUAAGGAGAAAGAUACAGAAGAUUUAGACUCGAACAAUAAUGAAGCGACUAGCUCGAUGUCAGUAAAUUUAGGAAUACAUUCAGUAGCUACAACGAAUCUUUCACCCUCAUCUUUGUACAUCACCACCACCGAUGAUGAGGACGAUUGCCGUCCUCAAGCAGUUCGACGUUGUUCUUCAUUGAAAACUGGCAAAACACCGCCCGGAACGCCAAGCCGCAAGAAAAUUGUUCGCUUUGCGGAUGCGCUAGGUUUAGAUUUGGCCGACAUUAAGACAUUUCUAGAUGAAAUACCCACCAUACCAAAGUCAGCUUUUGACGAUCUUGAGAUAAUAGAGAAUGAAACGCCCAUGCAAUUUGGACCUAGAUCAGAAAAAAUGUUAAUACCAUUAUUUCAGCAACCAGGCGGUUUGUCGACCUUCCUUGAUUUGGUGCGCGAGAAAUUAGUUGUUUUGGAAAAUGCUGCGGUCACUGAUAGCAUUAAUCAUACUAUUACCGGAUUUAUACGAGUACGUAAUUUGGAUUUUCACAAAUCGGUUCAUAUACGUUACACGCUGGACGCUUGGCGUAGUUAUGCUGACUUACAAUGUAAUUACGUUGAAAAUUCAUGCGAUGGCUUCUCUGAUAAAUUUACUUUUACGCUGUUUGGCAAUUCGUUGCAUAUCGGUCAACGACUUGAAUUUGCUGUACGUUUCCAAUGCAAAGGUCACCAACAUUGGGAUAAUAAUUAUGGUAUAAAUUAUUGUUUUCAAUGUUUGCCCAGCUCGACUGCUGUUAUACAUAACAUUACUUCGCCAUUACUUCCUUCACAACAAUCGAAUAACAUAUACGGAAUUUUAAGUCAUACAAUAAGCGAGGCGUGGUGUAGUUCUUUUUAUUAAUCAAAAGAGAGACCAAAUCAAAUGCUAUAAUUGCGGUCAAAAGGAGACCGAUAUAAAGAAUAAAAAAAUUUAUUGAAAAAUUAACAUUAGUAAGAAAACAAAAAACCAAAAUUACUCAGGAAACUUUUAUAAAAAAUAUUAUAUUUACAAGACUGCGAUUAUGGCAUUGAAUCUAAAUGUGUAAAUUUAUAGUUUGCAUAUAAAAGUUAUUUCAGAAAAGUAGAAUUUCUUUUAUGCUAACACUCGCGCGCUUAUAAAGAAUGAAAAAAUUUAGAUAUUGCUUUAGGCAAAGAAAACUUUUCAUUAUUAUUGAAUGUAGUUCAGCAUAAUUCAAUUAUAAUUCCGCAAGCAUUCAAUUCAUUUAUUUAGGAUAACUCACAGUACAGGCCUACAGGGCAUCGAAGGAAUCCAAUCACUUAAAUUUUCAACUCAGUACCAGUGCCACAAUGUCAUUAGAAAAAUACAUGUAGAAAACAGAAAAAAAAAAUUAUGAUUAUUAGAUUUAUUUACAAACGAAAUGUAAAAUUUAUUACAAUCAAA